GUGAUUGAUUAAAUGUUAUAAUAAAUAUAUUGCAUAGAUAUAAAUGUAUAAUUAUUAGUGUGUAUUAAAGUGCAGUGCAUGUGACAUUGAUUGAUUAACAUAAAGCUCUGCAAUAAGCCAACAGUUUGGAACAAAUAGUUGACUCAAGUUCACAGUCUGUCAAAUAUAUUUUGAGGAAGGAAUUAUCUUGGCGACAUACAUUGUUCAAAAUUGACUACUCACUAAUUAUUGACUAAUUAGCUACAGUUAAUUUAAUACUCUAACAUGUCGGCGAGGAAGCACGCAGGAGACGAGGACUAUACUUCGAACGAAGAGUUGGGCCGUGGAAGGAGGAAGAGAAAGGAAGUUGUGCUCACAUCAGAGCCAUCGUGUACGUCUGAUGAUGAAGAUGUUGCUGUAUAUGAAGUCAAAUCAAAUUUAGGUACUAAAGUCAGAGUUUUAGCUUCAGAGGUAAAUUCUGAUAACACAGAAAUAGAAUACACCUACGCUCCGGAGGCAGAAAUCACCCGCAUUCCAGUGGAGUACAAUUCAUCGCCCAGGGUAGAACCCAUCAUAAGUAUGGGAACUCAAAGGCAAAAUACCUUAAAUGCAAGUACCCUAGUGGAAGAUCUAGCCAGAUUGCAAGAGAGUGUUGAUGCAAUCAAUGACACUCUGACGGUCAUUGUGCGUUACAUUCAAAAUGGGCCAGUCUUUAACGACACAUCAAAGACGAGCAAUUGA